AUGGUCAUGGCGCAUUUCGUCGAGAAUUUUUGGGGGGAAAAAAAUAGUGGCUUUGAUGUUCUUUACCAUAAUAUGAAACAUGGACAGAUAUCCACAAAAGAACUAGCAGAUUUUGUAAGAGAAAGAGCUACAAUAGAAGAGGCGUACUUCAGGUCAAUGACAAAACUAGCAAAAUCUGCAAGCAAUUAUUCACAACUUGGAACAUUUGCACCAGUGUGGGAUGUGUUCAAAACAUCUACAGAGAAAUUAGCUAAUUGUCACUUGGAUCUUGUUAGAAAAUUACAAGAAUUAAUAAAGGAAGUUCAGAAGUAUGGAGAAGAACAAGUAAAGUCUCAUAAAAAGACUAAAGAAGAAGUUGCAGGAACUUUGGAAGCUGUUCAAACCAUUCAGAACAUAACUCAGGCCCUCCAGAAAUCCAAGGAAAAUUACAAUGCCAAGUGUGUAGAACAAGAACGUUUGAAAAAGGAAGGAGCUACACAAAGAGAAAUAGACAAGGCAGCUGUUAAAUCUAAGAAAGCUACAGAUACCUAUAAAGUCUACGUGGAAAAAUAUGCAUUAGCAAAAGCUGAUUUUGAACAGAAAAUGACAGAAACAGCUCAGAAAUUUCAAGACAUUGAAGAAACUCAUCUCAUUCACAUAAAGGAAAUUAUAGGAUCCUUGUCAAAUGCUGUAAAGGAAAUUCAUUUACAAAUAGGCCAGGUCCAUGAAGAAUUUAUAAAUAAUAUGGCUAAUACUACAGUUGAAAGCUUGAUACAAAAAUUUGCUGAGUCAAAAGGCACUGGGAAGGAAAGACCUGGCCUUAUUGAAUUUGAAGAAUGUGACCCUGCUAGUGCAGUUGAAGGUAUAAAACCAAGGAAAAGAAAGACUUUUGGCUUGCCAGGAAUAAUUAAAAAGGAAAAGGAUGCAGAAUCUGUGGAAUGCCCUGAUGCAGAUUCACUUAACAUUCCUGAUGUAGAUGAAGAAGGCUAUAGUAUAAAACCAGAAGCAAAUCAGAAUGAUAUCCUUUUAUCAUCUGGAUAUUUUUAA